GACAUUCUUCUGUACUGUUGAUCUUUGUUGUGUCUGUUAAGUGUUUUAAGCUUUCCGUGUAAAAAGGUGGUGCUCUGUUGUUAUUUUAUUUUAUUUUAUUUCUUUUUGAGAGAAAAGUCUUGAAUCAAAAUUGGACAUUGAAUGAGCAAAUCCAGUUAUAUAGAUUUAAUUGAAAUUCAGCAUUAGCAAUAAGGUAGUUGGUUUAAAUUAUGAUAAUUAAGUUUUCCAUCAUUAUUGCAUAUUUUGAGGGUAAAAAAGUAAAAUAAUUCACUAUGGUUUGUGUUGGCAAGGUUAUUCUUAUACAGAGUGCUCACUGAAGUCAAUGGAGCUCUGAAACAAUCAGACAGUUUCCUGGCACAAUAACACUGCAGUUUGAAUCUUAAUGUAUCACCUUUGGUGUAGUGGAUUUUUUGUUGACUUGUGAUUUUUUUGAAGACACUGAUUAUUUUGCAUUGUUUUAGAGUGCAUCCUGCUUUUUCUUGUAGACAUGCAGUAUAUGCAUUUAACCGUUUUAGAGUCAUCUAAACUAAAAUAUUUAGCAUUCAUGGUGAUAAUUACUGUUUGAAUAUAAAUGUUUACCUGUUAGCUUUAUUUUUUAAAAGCAAUCUUUCUUGUUACUGUUGAAAAUGUUACUUUGUGUGUCAUGAAAAGCUUUUCUUAUCUAUAGCAGUACUUCUCUUUGGUUUUAGAUACCUUCUUAAAUAAGCAGUGAUCUGUACAGAAUGCUUCCAUCAUAAAAUGCUCUUAAAAUUCUUAAUAAAAUAAAAUACUUGAUGAAUACUAAAUUGGCAAAUGUUCGUUUACCCGGCCUGUGAGGCCACACUUUUAUGGAGGUAUUGAAUACAAGACAGAACUGUUAGUAUAGUAUCCUAGAUCUGAAUACAGUUACCUGAAGCGUGGUCCUAUAGUAGACCUUUUUGUUGGAGUUAGGCAGAGCCCCAUUGACUUCAUUGGGAUCAUUGUGGAAUCAAGCAUCUGACUGUUUAGCUCUGGCCCUUUUACCUUUUUGGAGUAGAAUCAUUCCAGCUGAUGGAGUGAACCUGACUUCACUUUCAACUUGGUAGCUUUGCCAUGAACAAUAUAUAGAGUGGUUGAACCAUGAACUGCAGCAAGUCCAGAAAUACCUCUUAAUAACAUCUCUAACUGCAAGAGUUCAGAAAAAUACUAUUAACUUCCUUGAGUUUGUUAAUGAUGGUCCCAGAGUACUGUUUCUUGGCAUGUUUGCCACAUAAUGAUCUAGAUAGUGUGAGAUUAGUGCUGCUGUAAUAAUCAUCUGGGAUGUUCUUAGCAAACUCUGCCAAAUCUUCAGAGUUUCACUAAAGGCCAAAUUGACCUACAAUUGACCUGUCUAUUCUUGCAGCCUUCUUACUAGGGGCAUCUAACACAUUUGUCUUUGUAAAGCCUAGAUUUUUAGUUGCUUUUGUGCCUUGUUUUGGGGCCUUUUCGGUUUCAUAUUUUGAGCUUGUUCUAAAACCACAAAGAGAAUAUGGCUGUAUCCGCUUGCAACUGUGUAUAGGCUGAGGGGAUCAGAAUCCCCAGUUGGAAAAUUGCCCUAAAUACCUUGACUAAGGUUUAUUCAGGAUCUUAGUUUCACAUUUUGUCAAAAAACUGAUAACAUUGGUUCAGUACUGCCAGAGAGGGAGGAUUGUUGCCUAAUGAGUGAACACACCUCUGGUAUUUUUCUUCUGAUGAGAUCACUGCCUGACAUGAUAUGGCACCAGGCAGGUAAAGCUACAUUUCUUCUGUCUGUUGGUGGUAGACAAUGUAUGGAAGGAGAAAAAAUCAAAGUUCUGACAAAUAUUGUUCUGACUCUAUUUGUAGCUGACUUAUUAGGCAUUUCUGAGAAACUGUAUUAAAAUGUCAUUUUUCAAAAUCAUUCUCCAUUUCCACAGAAAUGUAUGUAUAAUUAGGUGAGCAAGAGAUUGGGCUUUGAGGUAGCUUCUUUUUUUAACGAGAGAAUGCUGUUUCCAUGUAACUUUUUAUUAUAAUCACUCAUUUAAAAAAAUAUGUGAAUUAUACAGAUUUAACUUUCUGAUGAGUAUUGUGUGGAAUAAAUAUGACUUUGGAGACCACAGCUCAAGGUUUUUGAUUCAAUAUGUAUCAUAUGAUGCACUGUUAAUGGAGUCAGUGGAGUGGAUCACAGGCUUUAAAAGUAGUGAUGGCUUUAUUCUGCCAGGAGGUAAAAUUAUAUAAUUGUCCAACAGUGCCAAUAAUAAAACAUUUGUGCGCUAAGUUAAACAUAGUAUAGAGGUAUAGAGGUAAAAUGAACUCUGAAAACCUGGUUUUAAAAAAAAUCAGAAUAAAAUCUGAAAUUGAGAAUGUAUUUAAACAGUGGUAAAUCAAGGGUGUAUGAGGAAGGAAUCACUACAGAAUGAAAUCAGUCUUAAUUAUAUGACAUUUAAUGAACAAUUUAACAAAAAUGUAAUUGUAAGUAAGAGUACUAAGUAAGUAAGAGUACUAAGCUGUCAAAAUAUGACUUUUUAUGUGUGUGUAUUGGUAGGUUUUUCUUUAAAUAUACUUUGAAAACACAAAGGUUGAAAGCUAAACAAAGAUGCCACCCUAUUCAUUCUAAAUUUUAUGUCCACAUUAUCUGGUAGAUGGAUUUUGACUAUUAAUUUGGUUUUGUAUGUUUUCUCUGUGUGAUAUUUGUGCAUUAUUAGAUGACUAGACUGGCCAAGGCAGACCUGUUACACUUGCCUGAGUUAGGCAUUGUUUGCCAUGCCACUAAACCUGCCGCCAAGUGAAACCUUCAUGGGGGAAAUGAGAUCGAAGUCUGGCCUGCUGAAGAUGGACGCCCUGUCUCUGUUUUUAUUUUAUUUUGAUUUCUUUCCUUUGUUUCUUUUAUUUUUAUUUUAUUUUGUCCCUUUUUUGUUUUGUUCUGUUAAAUCUCUUACCCUUGUACUUGUGAACUGGUACUUCAGUUCUGUGAAAAUGAUGUUUGUAAAGGGUUCACAGUGUUUAAUCUUGAAGUUGACCCGAAACUGCUUAUGAAUGGUGGAUGAUAUACAGAGAACUUAGAAUAUGAUUAGUUUUCAAUGCUGUGAAUUAAGGAUAAAUUUGAUUUAGAAUACAUUUAAGCAUCUAAAUUCAGCAGAUUAGCACAUCGUGUCAGAAGGCAGGAACAGUGAAAAAUAUGUCAGUUUUGAGAUACAUUCUUUCAUAUGUUGUGUUUUAUGAGUUCAUCUUGAAAAAGGACAGUUGAGACUCAUACUUCUGGAGAAACCAACUUUAGAAAGUAAAGUCAUGAUAUUUCUCUGCUAUAUUUCCUCAGCAGAGUGUUUUAUUUUAGGUUGCAAUGUCUAUUUAAAAGAAGGCUGAUUAUUUAUGUCUAGUGUCAUGAGCUUAAAAUAAUUAUUUCAGAAACAAUUUUAUGAAUAUUGAAUGUCAUGAAAUAUUUGUUUACUUUUGAUGAAACCUUGCUGCAGUGAGGUCAGUGACAGGAAGAUUUCAUCCUUUUGUUUUUGUAAUUUUCAGAAAAGACCGUUUACCACUCAUAAGUACAAAUGCAACCUGAAAUUUUGGUUGGAAUGUGUUAUGUGAGACGCAUUGUCUUUAAACACUGUUACUUGUGAGAAGAUUGAAUCAGUUCUUCGUGUGUGUGCGUGUGUUUGUGUGUAUGUAUUGCAUUUUUGACAUGCUGCAGCGGUAAUUAUUUGAAAAAAGAAGUUUAAAAAAAAAAAAAUGUCAGAAAAUUAGUCUUUGCUCCAUCAUCUCGCAGUCUCAGAAGCCCUGGCAGUUCAUGCUGGAGUGAUUGAGAUGGUUCUCAUCCCUAAAUGAUGUUUUUACUUCCUGUGAAAUGGAAACCUUGAAACAGAAGUGGUGGACAAGGUGCUGUGUCUAGUCUUCAGGCAUUACUCUUCCCAGCCAGCUGCAUUGGCAUCUGUUGGUUUCACUCUGAAAAGAACUUUGCUUGGUGAUCUCUGUUGGAUUUGGCAGUUGAGGUAAUUGCCAGUAGCUGUCAUCUCUUUAUUCGCUGCUGCUAAAUCCACUAAGAUUCAUGAGUUGGAUCACACAAAGUAUUUUAUUUGUAAGGGUACACGUUCCAUUGAUUUAAAAUGGAAGGAAAACAAGUACUCUUAUGUUUAGAGUAGACGUGAACAGUAUUUUUAAAAAAUGAGCAAACUUAUUGCAGAUGCACUUUCUGGGGUGAGGAUUAACUGUGUAGUUUCACUACAAAGAGUAGAAAAUUAGUUUUUUCCGAACGCUUGAGGAACAAUACUGUAAUUAGUACUUGUUUAACGCAGGUACUUCUAUUCAACCUUCAUCAAAAUGGAUUCUGAUAUAGAAUAGGCUGACUAUGGCUCUUGAGACUUUGAUGAUACAAAAAAGUAGCAAUCACAACUGUCUGUAGGCAGUCCUGAGCUAAUCUACAUUUGCUUUCAGAUUCCUUUGCAAAGUGAAGAAUCAAUAAAUAAUUGAUGAUAGAACCUGUAAUUUACUAAGCAGAAAUGCUUCUAAGAAAUGGGGUAUAGAUGUGGCAUAUUUAUAUUGUCUGUUUCCCUCAUUAGGAAGUAAAUAUCUUCACCACAUGUCAAAACAGAAUGGAAAAUUCAGCUUUUAAAUACCAUGUUUAAACUAAAUUAUGCUAGUCUGUUGUGUCAAAGCCCACAUAUUUUGUUGUAUUUUUGUGAGCUUAUAUUUCAUUUUAUAAAUAAAUUCACAGAGGUAAAACUCCAAGAUUUAAAACCUGUAACUCGUGAGGGUAUUUGGUCUUGCAUAUUAAGUUGUUUUUCAAAACUGUUUAAAAAACAGAGAAGUAGAUUUUCAAGACAUUGCAGAUUUUUGUUUCCACACAACAGUGUUCCAUAGAAUUUUGACCUGGUUUUAAAAACUGGAAAAGAUACUUCGAAAAGGCAGUAUCUUUGAAUAUACAGGCAAAUUUUCAGGGUUCUGUCAGUAGAGAUAGACCCUUUCUCUUUCUUGAAAACAAAAUAAAUAAUCUUUUACUGUGGUGUUGGAACUGAUGGAUGACAUUUUGUAUUCUAAAACUUUACAUUGUUAAAGAUCAAAGUAUUUUGUGUAUAAUGCUGCAAACUUGACAAUUUACAUAUGCAUGCUAUUUGUUCUUUGAGCUGCUAUAAUGGUGAACGGAACUGAAAUGUUCAGUGGAUUCCUUUAACAACAUUUGAGCAAAUUAUUAGUAGUUCCAGUUAUUUCAAUACCAUGAUGCAUAUACCUAAAGUUUAGGCUUCUGUUUCAGUCUUGACUCAUUGUCCUUCUUAGUUAUGUGCCUAACUCAGUUACUGUUUAAAAGGGCUAACUGCCUAAGCCUAAAUUAAGUGCCUAAUUGUAAGUUUACCUGGUUAAGUGUGUGUUGAAUUGGCUGUAUGUAAGUGCAUACUUGAAUUAGGCAUAUGCUUAUGUACAUUAUUCACCAAGGAUCUCAGUUAGCAUGCCGACACACCACUUCAGGAGCCAUUUCUGCUAUUACUUAUGCAAUGUCUCAUGAUCCAUAGAAACCUGCAAGAAUUGCAAGAUAUUCACUGUUCAGGAUAAAUUCUGGUUCAUUAGUCAUUUGAAAACACUGAAGUAUUUAGUUUUGCAGAAGAACUGGUACAUAAUUCUAUGCCUAAUUUGCAUGCACAGCUGCUGGAACUGUGUAUUCAAAAGUCUUUUAGUUAGCAACAUAUUAGGCAGGGUAUGCAGCAAAGUACCUUUUGAGCAGUUAGGUACACCUCUCAUUGCAUGCCUGACUUCAAAAUGAGAUCUGUGAAGAGUGCUGAACGUUGUGAUGGUGGCUUAGAUUCAUGCAUGUUUUUUUAAAAAAGCCCUGGAGUUCAUUAUUGCACAGUUAAUUCUUAAGUGCUAACAAUUUUCCUAUUUUUCUUCUUUAGAUAGCAAAAUCAAGUGGUUUCUUACAUGUUAAGGAGGAAGGUGUCUCAAAAUUUAACAUAAAUAAAAUAAAUGUAAAUAGGAAGCAUGACAUUAAAUGGGUACUGUUACUUUAUCUUUUCUUUUCCACCCAUGCUACAUAUAAAUUCAAUUUCAUUUAGAUUUUUUCUGUUCUUUGGUCAUAUCCAACUGUAACCUAGAUUUUCCUGCAGAUCUGUAAAACAGGUUUGCAAAAAUUUUUUCAUUCCAUUUUUAAAAGUAGUAUGUUGCUGUGGGGUGAGUUGGAGCUCAUUAUAGCUAAAACUGCGUGGUGUUUUGAAACUUACCUCAUGUUUUACUUUUUGAUAAGAAUAUUUGUAUAUUUUUAAUUUUGGAUUUAGAGGUCUUAUAAGUUAAAACAUACGCAGUUUGAAUCAAAGCAGUGAAAGCCACUGGCACAGCUUUUGUAUGUUCCUUGACGACUAGAACAAUGUUUAAAUAAGAGCAUUUACUUUAUUAUGGUCCAUAUGGGAAUACCAAAGGGCUUAGCUGAUUAGCAAUUGUACAGUUACGCCAGUAAUGUUGAACACAUCAUAUAUAUCUAGUAUAAUUGGAACUUCUUUUGGUAGCUUUUUAUUUUAGUGUUUAAUGUUUGUACCAGUUUAAAUCCCUUUGCAUUUCAAAUUGAAAGUGUACAUUUAAUUGUAAUCCUAAUUGUUUGACUAUUAAAUCAUGAUUUUUUGAGAUUUUUGGGGUUCAUUUAAUAGUCUAAUUGUGACUACAUUGAAUGAAACCUGCAUUUAAUUCAGAUUAGUUAUUACUUAAACUUUAAACAUGGCAGUAGGAUUAUAAUCAAGUUGAAAUAGCAGGGAGUACAUAUUCUGGGAAAAAUAGCUUACUUAGCUGAUCAGUUACGAUUUUCUUCAGUCUCAGUAAAUUUAAAGUAAAUUACACAUAAACUGAGGUAACCUAGAAUGUGGACAGUACAAAUCUAAAUUUUUUCUGCUCUUCCCUCCUCCACCUUCAGGUUCACUUGUAGUAUGUAUUGUGUGGAGUCACUGUAGUUCAGUAGUUUUUUUAUUUUAUGUUUUGCUUAUUUUUACAUUCUAAGUAGGUAGCACCAGAGGAAUAAAGAAGAGCACAAAUUUCAGUUAACAUAUACUUGUUUUUUUCUUUUUUUGUUUUUCUUUCUUUUGCUGAUUUGGUUAUUUGCCAUUUCUGGGGAUUAAACUUUAAAAAAUGUUCUUCUUUUCUGUAUCUGAUGUUCUGUGUGCUAUUAGUGAUGCAGCCAACACGAACGGUUGUCAUGUGUAAAACAACUUUCGAUCACCGCGAAAACAUCGCCCUGGGAAAGCGUCCAUGCUUGAUAUCGUUUGGUUCAUGAACGUUAAGUUUCCAGUACAGGUAAAAUCCCAGAUGAAGCCAAAGCCCUCUCUCUAUUGGCGCCUGCUCCUACUAUGACAAGUCUGAUGCCUGGUGCAGGGUUGCUUCCUAUACCUACACCAACCCCUUUGACUACACUCGGUGUUUCACUUGGCACUUUAGGGGCUAUACCAGCAGCAGCAUUGGACCCCAACAUUACAGCACUGGGAGAAAUACCACAACCACCAAUUAUGGGAAAUGUGGAUCCAUCCAAAAUUGAUGAAAUCAGGAGAACGGUCUAUGUUGGAAACCUAAAUUCCCAGACUACAACAGCAGAUCAGCUGCUUGAAUUCUUCAAGCAAGUUGGAGAAGUCAAAUUUGUGCGAAUGGCAGGUGAUGAGACUCAACCAACACGAUUUGCUUUUGUGGAAUUUGCUGACCAAAAUUCUGUACCUCGAGCUCUUGCCUUUAAUGGAGUUAUGUUUGGAGACAGGCCACUGAAAAUAAAUCACUCCAAUAAUGCAAUAGUGAAGCCUCCCGAAAUGACACCACAAGCUGCUGCUAAGGAGCUGGAAGAAGUGAUGAAGAGAGUAAGGGAAGCCCAGUCUUUCAUAUCUGCUGCUAUUGAGCCAGAGUCUGGAAAGAGCAGUGAAAGAAAAGGCGGUCGAUCUCGUUCCCAUUCUCGUUCAGAAUCCAGGUCUAGCUCAAAAUCUCGAUCUAGAAGGAAAAGAUCACACUCAAAACACAGAAGUAGAUCAGGCAACAGAUCUCUCUCAAGACACAAGGACAGACGCAGAUCCAGAAGUCCCCUGAAAAAACGGUCUAGAUCUUCAGAAAGGCGAAAAUCAAGAAGUCGCUCUUGUUCUCGGGACAAGAAAAGAGACAAAGAAAAGAUCAAGGAAAAGGUCAAAGAAAAAGAGAGAGACCGAGACAAGGAGAAGGAUAGGGACCGAGACAAAGACAGGGAAAGAGAGCGAGAUAAAGAGAGAAACAGAGACAAGGACAAGGAGAGAGAUAAAGAGCGAAGCAAAGAUAGAGAAAGAGCCCGAGAGAAAGAUAGGGACAAGGAUAAGGACAAAGACAGAGACAGGGACAAGGACAAGGAAAAAGAAAAAGAGAAGGAAAAAGACAAGGAAGAGGUAGACCCGAACAAAGAAAAAGAAGAUACUGAGAAAGGAGAGAAGGACAGAGAGGGAGAUAAGGACAAAGAGAAGGACAGGGACAAAGAAAAGGAAAAAGAUGGGGAUAAGGAGAAAGAACGAGAAAGAGAAAAGGAGAGAGAUGAUAAAAAGAAGAAAGAUAAGAGAUCCAGAACACCCCCAAGAAGCUAUAGCUCUUCAAGAAGAUCUCGUAGCUCCAGCAGAGAAAGGCGUAAAAGGAAGAGUAGAAGUCCUUCCAAGUCUCCUAAAACAUCGAAAACAGCAAAGAGAAAGUCUUCACGAACUCCUUCCCCCAGAAGAAACAAGAAAGAAAAAAAAAGAGAAAGAGAUACAAAUAAUGAAAGAAGAGAAAGAGAAUGUUCCACCUCCAAGAAAAAAAGUAGUAAAGAAAAAGAUGGAAAGGAAAAAUCUGACAAAAGCACCACUACUUUGAAGGAGAAAGAUAACAAAGAGGAUCAGAAUUCAGAAACUGACAAGGAAGUAGACAAUAGAGAUACACAAAGGACAGAUGAAGUCAAACUACAACAGAAUGGGAACUGUCAACCAAAUGAAGAAAGCCUCUCAAUUAAAAUGGAAGAGGUUUAAAGCAAAGAAUGAACUUGUGAUUCAACUAAGGAAUGAAAUCCAAAGCAUCUUAUUUCCCAGAAUGAGGAAGAAAAUGUCAAAGCAAUCAACCUGACCGUGUUGAUAGUACUUAGUAGUUCCUACAAUUCUUGUGAUAGCUUUGUUGUCUUCUUGCUGUAAAGCAAGAGAGCACGGACCAGUCAUUAUACCAUGAAAAGGCAGAUGCCAUCAGAACUAUUCAUCUCUGAAAAUCCAUGCAUUUCCAUGAUGGCUGUAGUUACUUGUAAAAUCAUAUGUUUUGCUAUAAGCUGUUAUAAAUAAGUAGAAACUGAAAGAUGUAAACCUGUACUUCCCCCAAAAAGCUGAAGAUAUGCAUUGAGGGUUGUUUAAAAUACUGCUUGUUGAUGACUUUUGUGUUGUUUUGCCCUGUGGGUUAAAAAAUCCCAGUGUGUAAUGUUUGAUGUGCUUGAAAAUGGUGCAUAAAUGUACACACCUUCUUUCCUUGUAAAUGACAACUGUAGGGAAAGGAAUUUUAAACAUAAACACAGUUUUAUCUUAUGUUAAGUACCCAAGAACUAGUAUGUUUUUCAUUUGCUCACUGCUUGAGAUUAUUCGGGUUUAUUAUUUAAAACAGGUUUUUUACUAAUAUCCCUAAAAUUAAUAUUUCUUUUAAAGUAUUUGAACAAUGCAUGCUCUUUUUCUGUUCCUAUAAGGAACAUUGCCAUGUUACAGAUAUUUGGUUAUCUUACUGGGUUAUUUUGGGAUUGGUUUGUUUUGUUGUUUUCAUUGUCCUUAGAGAAGUGAGCACGAGUAUGGUAUUAUCAGAACUUAAAGCUUUGUUUUAGGAUGUACUGCAGUGUGUCUGUUAAGCUGCAAAUAGUACAGGUGCCAUUAAGGAAAUAAUUUUAUUUCUUCGGUUAAAAAAUAUGGGAGCACAAGCAGAAGCUUUAGUGCCUUCUUGAAAUGUGAUAUUUUCUAGAAAUGUAUAUGUGCUGUUAAACAUUUUCAGCUAAACCUUAUAUGAUCUCUCUUGCUAUUUUGCCACCACCAUACUGUAGACAAGGAUGCAAGUGAUUUGUCAGAACGGUUGUUUGGUUCACUUGUUAAAAUAAUGAAGCUCCAUUUUACUUUUAUUUUUUAUUCUUAAAGGAGAUUUAUAUAUGAGAGCAAAGAUGCAGUAUGGGGACUACCACUGUACAAAAGUAGUAGCUCAAUGUAAACCAUAUUCUGAUCACCUGCAUCAAGAAAACCCUUAAGACAUGUAAUCUACAUUUGGAUGGCCUUAAUUGUUACCUCUUGAUCAUCUUCUCUGAUACCUGUAGGGUGAUGUAGAAGGAGUUGUUUGCAAAGCAGUGGGGGAUAAAUAAUUUGGGGAAGAAAGUUAAAUUUACACAGGGCUUACAUAGUAAAGAUUUUUUUUUCAUUCUUUGGGAAGAAAGCAUGUAAGAAGAGAAUGACGAAAUAUUUUUGUCAAGGUAAAACGUGGCUUGUGUUCUCUGAACUAAUUUAAUUGGUUACAUGAGAUUUCUGAAAAGUCAUACUUCUAAGACAUAAUUAUACCUAAAGUGGAGUAGAUUAUUUUUACUACAACUUAAUGCAAUGGAAUUACUUAAUUGCCUUACCUCAUGGGAAGUGUUAUUUCAGUUGAAAUAAAAAAAUAAUAAUA